AUGAAAUUUAUAACUUUCUUUGUAUUUUUCCUUAUUAUUGUAUUUAUAGUAAAUGGCCAAGGUUCAGUAAGUUCAUCGUCAAACAAUUCUCCCUCAUCUUCAUUAGAUUCUUUGAAACCAGGAUCAGAAGGUUCAAUAAGUUCAUCACAAUCUGGAUCUGAAAGUUCAAGAGGCUCUUCACAUUCAGCACCCGAAGUUCCAACUGGUUCUUCACAUUCAACCUCUGAAGUUUCAAGUGAUUCUUCAAACUCAGCAUCUAAAGUUCCAACUAGUUCUUCACAUUCAGCUUCUGAAGCAUCUACUGGCUCGUCACAUUCUGAAUCAGAAGUUCCAAGUGGUUCAACACAUUCAUCAUCUGAGGUUUCAACUGGUUCAUCAAAUUCAGCCUCUGAAGUUUCAAUUGGUUCAUCACAUUCAACAUCAGAAGUUUCAACUGGUUCAUCACAUUCAACAUCAGAAGUUCCAAGUGGCUCAUCACAUUCAACAUCAGAAGUUUCAACUGGUUCAUCACAUUCAGCCUCUGAAGUUUCAAUUGGUUCAUCACAUUCAACAUCUGAAGUUCCAACUGGCUCAUCACAUUCAUCAUCUGAAGUUCCAACUGGCUCAUCACAUUCAUCAUCUGAAGUUCCAACUGGUUCAUCACAUUCAUCAUCUGAAGUUCCAACUGGCUCAUCACAUUCAUCAUCUGAAGUUCCAACUGGUUCAUCACAUUCAGCCUCUGAAGUUCCAACUGGUUCAUCAAAUUCAGCCUCUGAAGUUCCAAGUGAUUCAUCACAUUCAGCCUCUGAAGUUCCAAGUGGCUCUUCACAUUCAGCCUCUGAAGUUCCAACUGGUUCAUCACAUUCAGCCUCUGAAGUUCCAACUGGCUCAUCACAUUCAUCAUCUGAAGUUCCAAGUGAUUCAUCAAAUUCAGCUUCUGAAGUUCCAACUGGUUCAUCACAUUCAAAUUCUGAAGUUCCAACUGGUUCAUCACAUUCAGCAUCUGAAGUUUCAACAGGUUCAUCACAUUCAGCAUCAGAAGUAUCAACAAGUUCAUCACUUUCAGCUUCCGAAGUUUCAGCUGGUUCGUCACACUCAGCUUCUGAAGUAUCAGCUGGUUCAUCAAAUUCAGCAUCCGAAGUUCCAACUGGUUCGUCACAUUCUAAAUCCGAAGUUCCAAAUGGUUCAUCACAUUCAGCUUCUGAAGUUCCAAUUGGCUCUUCACAUUCAGCAUCCGAAGUUUCUACUAGUUCUUCACAUUCAGCAUCCGAAGUUCCAAAUGGUUCAUCACAUUCAAGAUCCGAAGUUUCAACUAGUUCUUCAAAUUCAGGAUCUGAAGUUUCUACUAGUUCUUCACAUUCAGGAUCUGAAGUUUCGACAAGUUCUUCAAAUUCAGCUUCUGAAGUAUCAACUGGCUCAUCACGUUCAACAUCAGAAGUCUCAACUAGUUCUUCAAAUUCAGCAUCUGAAGUUCUAAGUGGCUCUUCAAAUUCAGCAUCUGAAGUUCUAACAGGUUCUUCAAAUUCAGCAUCUGAAGUUCCAACAGGUUCUUCAAAUUCAGCAUCUGAAGUUCCAACAGAUUCUUCCAAUUCAGCAUCUGAAGUUCCAACAGGUUCUUCAAAUUCAGCAUCUGAAGUUCCAACUGGUUCUUCAAAUUCAGUAACUGAAGUUCCAACUGGUUCAUCAAAUUCAGCAUCAUCAAAUUCAGUGUCCGAAGUUCCAACUGGUUCUUCAAAUUCAGUAACUGAAGUUUCAACUACCUCAUCACAUUCAGCAUCUGGUUCUUCACAUUCAACAUCUGAAGUUUCAACUGGUUCAUCACAAUCUGGAUCAGAAGGCUCAACUGGUUCAAAUGGUUCAUCACACUCUGGAUCAGAAGGUUCAAUUGGUUCAGGAUCAUUAAAUUCAGGAUCAGUGUCACAUAAUAGUGAUAGUGGAUCUGAAGAUUCAAAUGGUUCAUCACAAUCUGGAUCAGAAGUUUCCAAUGGUUCAUCACAAUCUGUAUCUGAAGGUUCGAUUGGUUCAGGAUCAUUUAAUUCAGGAUCAGGAUCACAUAACAGUGAUAGUGGAUCAUCGUUGGAUGGUAAAACAACAUGUAUUUCAUAUCAAGAUACUAUUUCAAUUAAAACUCUUGAAACUGGUGAAAUUGAAUGUACAGGUAAGGGUGAAACAAGAUGUAUUUCUGAUAAUAGCUACAAAUGUUCAUCCAAACAAAAACAAGGUUCACUUGAAUGCUCUGUAAAUGGUUACAUAAAAUGUACUGGUUCAAAUAUUAAAUGUAGAAUUGGUAAUACUGUUUGUUCAAUUCAAAACUCACUUUUAGAAAUUACUGAAAAACCAAUCUUUACAAGAGGUCUUCGUCAAUCUCAUCAUUAA